UUCGUUUUGAGGUUAUGUUUUGCUUUGUUCACUUGCUGGAUUUUGUUCAAUAUUUUGAUUUUUGAUAAUUCUAUCAUACCGUUCCCAAUAAUUUUUGGGUUUUUAAUCUCUAAAUAUUUCGGAGAUUGAGCUGUGAAGUUCUUUUCUUUAACUAUAAACAUUCAGUACUAUGGUUAUAAUGGAUAGUGUUGAAGGAAUUGGUAAUUUAGAAGAACAAGCCCUCAAAAGAAAAGAAAGACUCAAGAACUUAAAGAGAAAAAAUCCUGGUGGUGACAAUAUAGAGCCUACAUCUGAGGUGGUACCAUUACCGAAACCUAAAUUCAGGAGUUAUAAACCUCAGGAUGAAACACUGCAAGAGGCCAAGUUAGACGACGCCCUGCCUGCUGUUGUGGAAGAAGAAGUCAAAGAUUUACUGGAAGCUGGUAAAGAAAAAGUUGUCUUACAAGAUCUGGAUAUAUCUAGUUUAGCACCUAGAAAACCAGACUGGGAUCUUAAAAGAGAUGUAGCGAAAAAAUUGGAGAAACUAGAAAGGCGGACACAAAAAGCGAUUGCUGAGCUUAUCUGGGAGCGGUUGAAAGAAGGGUCAGAGGAUAACCUUGGGGCAGUGGUCACCAUGGCUGACAACAGACAACUUGAAGAAGACUGAUAUAUUGUCCAGCCAUAUGACGACCUCGGAACAAGGCGGAGUGGUGAGGGAGCCUCUGUAGGUGAAGUAGCGGCGAAGGUCGUAAGGAAGGAUGUUGAGGAAAGAGAAGGGGUGCUGCAUGACGACGCUAGUGUGGGGCUCCGUC